AACAUAAAGAGAAACAAAUGGCUAGAGGAUCUCGUUUUUUCAUCAUCCUUUCGAUAAUCUCAUUGUUUGCAAACACAAUCGAUGCUCGAAUACUAGAUCGACAUAGUUUUCCUGAUGGAUUCGUUUUUGGAACGGCUGCGUCUGCGUAUCAGUACGAAGGAGCAACAGAUGAAGGUGGCAAGUCUCCAGCUAUAUGGGACCACUUCAGCCGCACUUACCCAGAACGGACGAAGAUGCAUAAUGCAGAUGUAGCGAUUGAUUUCUAUCACCGUUAUAAGGAUGACAUAAAAUUGAUGAAGGAGCUAAACAUGGACGCUUUCAGAUUUUCAAUCUCGUGGGCCAGACUGAUUCCAACUGGAAAGCUAAAGGAUGGAGUAAACAAAGUAGGUGUACAAUUCUACAAGGAUCUUAUCGACGAACUUCUUGCUAAUGACAUACAACCAUCGAUGACACUAUAUCAUUGGGACCAUCCACAAUCUUUGGAGGACGAAUAUGGUGGCUUUUUAAGCCCUCAAAUUGUAGAAGAUUUUCGAGAUUUUGCGAGAAUUUGUUUCCAAGAGUUUGGAGAUAAAGUAAAGAUGUGGACAACGAUCAAUGAACCAUACAUCAUGACUAUUGCGGGGUACGACCAAGGUAACAAGGCGGCUGGUCGAUGCUCGUCAUGGGUAAACGAAAGAUGUCAUGCGGGUGAUUCUAGUACUGAGCCUUACAUUGUUUCACAUAAUAUUCUUCUUGCUCAUGCCGCUGCGGUAGACGAGUUCAGAAAGUCUAAACAAAUAUCGCAUGAUAGCCAAAUUGGGAUAGUUUUGUCACCAAGAUGGUUCGAGCCUUUUCAUUCUGACUCUACUGAUGAUAAAGAAGCAGCUGAACGAGCUCUUGCUUAUGAAAUUGAAUGGCAUCUAGAUCCAGUGAUUCAUGGAGAUUAUCCAGAGAUUGUGAAAAAAUAUGCAGGAGAUAAGUUACCUUCAUUUACUGAGGAAGAAUCAAAUAUGUUAAAAAAUUCAUCAGAUUUUGUCGGAAUAAACUACUAUACAGCACGCUUUGCUACUCAUAUUCCUGAGAUCGACCCAGCAAAGCCUCGGUUCAAGACUGACCAUCACGUCGAAUGGAAACUGACUAACCACAGUGGCCACAUUAUCGGAGCCGGGGAUGCAAGAAGCUUUAUAUUGUCACAUCCAGAAGGCCUGCGAAAAGUUCUAAACUAUAUCAAAGACAGAUACAAUAACAUCCCAGUCUACAUCAAAGAAAAUGGAAUCAAUGAUAACGAUGAUGGUACAAAACCAAGAGAAGAGAUUCUCAAGGACACAUUUAGGAUUGAAUACCAUGACACACAUAUCCAACAACUUCACAAAGCUAUAGUUGAGGAUGGGUGUGACGUAAGAGGAUAUUAUGCUUGGUCAAUGAUGGACAACUUUGAAUGGGAACAUGGGUACACUGCUAGAUUUGGUCUAUACUAUGUUGACUUUAUCAACGGUCUAAAACGUUACCCAAAAGACUCGGUUAAAUGGUUUAAACGGUUUCUUGAGAGAUCGAUCGGAGAGACUAUAGAAGAGGAAGUGAAGAAGAUGUCACGUGCGGGUAGGAAUAAGACUCUGCAUGAUCAAGUGGGUUUUGAUGAAUCGUUAGGAUUUUUCGUGUCUUUUAUGGCGACGAACCAAUCGAAGAGAGAGGAGGAGAAAAAUCGUUGCUCGUCUGUUCUUCCUUAUAGCCGUUUCGAUGUUUUGAAGGAAGUAAAGGAGUCAUCAUCAUCGUUUUAUUGA